UGUUUCCUGUUUCCGUUUUCUUCUAUUAUAGUGUACGCUCAAAGCGUUUGUAUGAUUCAGAAAAAAAUAUGGCUUCCUUCCAACCAGGAACCGCCGUUGCUCCAUCUUCACAAGUGGAAAUCAGCGUUGCUUGCAAAAACCUGAGGGACAAAGAUGCCUUCUCAAAAUCAGAUCCAAUUGUCGUUCUUUCCACGAAAGAUGUCCGAACAAGUUCAUAUUAUGAGUUUGGAAGAAGUGAAAUGGUGAAGAAUUGCCUUAAUCCACAAUUCGUGAAGAAGUUCACUAUGAACUAUUUCUUUGAAGAAAGUCAAAAGCUGAAAUUUGAAGUCUAUGAUGUUGAUUCCCCGAGUCAGAGAUUAGAUGCACAUGACUUCCUUGGUAGACUUGAAUGCACACUGGGAGAAAUUGUCAGUGCCCUUGGUGGUAAACUAGAGAAGCCAAUGGUAGGUUUGAAAGGAACACCAGGACAGAUCAUAAGUAAGUGA